GGAUGGACGGAGAACUUCACGACAAGUGUCCGCUACGAAAACGUCACAUUCGCUGUAUUUACAGCCUUAAAGUCUGUUUGUAGACUAAUAUUGGGCAGAUUUUGACUUAAUUAGGCUCUCGUGUGCUUUACGGUCCGCUUCGGCUCGGUUCGUUUAUGGACUUCCACAGAACUGUCAGAGCAAGCAAGCUGGGAUUACGGUAAGGAUUUCAGGUUUGUCUGGAUAUUUUUCCCACUGGAUUCCCAUAUCGCCAUAUUAAUGCCCGAGAAAGGAUUUUUUUUCUGGACCGUGUCGAAUUCAUUACGACGUUGAAACCCAAAACCUGUGUGAAGAUGAUGAUGCAGGUGUUCAUGUAGUGGUUUGGCUUGAAUGAGAUGAAAAAAAAACGCUGAAUGUGUUGUGUUGUAUUUCUAAAAGCUGCCUUACUGACCUGAACAGCAGCCCACAAGACUCACAAUAGCAGCAACCUGUUGUAUAAAGACCCUCAGUGGCACCUUAUUGGCAUAGCCGAGACCACCUUUAGUGGGACAACACUUUAAACCAUCUGCCCAUGGGACCUUUUUGGAGGGAGCACUUCUCAGCUUCUGCUUUACGGGACCACCUUUAGUCUAAGAACUUUCUCUGAUCCACAAUGGAGGUUGUAGAUCCAGCUCCACACUUUGAGGUUCUGUCAAGAGAGCACAGGACAUUUGGGGAUCUGGAGGAACCGUGGAGGAGCCCUGAGGAGAAGGAUGGGACUGAUGGAGAACAGUGGGAGCUGGUGGACGUGGUUCUGACUGGAGGAGCACCCUGGGGUUUUACCCUGAGAGGAGGGCUGGAGUACCAGGAGCCUCUGAUAAUUACAAAGGUGGAGGAGGGAAGCCGUGCAGCGUCAGCGCAGCUCCAGGUGGGUGAUGAGAUUGUCAGUAUUAACGCAGUUCCCCUGAGUGGAUACAGACAGGAGGCCAUCUGCCUGGUGAAGAGCUCCUACAGGACACUGGAGCUGGGACUGAAACGGAAGAUGAAAAUGGUGGAUUUUGUAACACAAACAAUGCCUGCAGAGAGUGACAUACACGUGGCCAGGAGCUUUCUAACGAAGAUUUUGCGAAGUUCUAUGAGGAAGAAUCGAUUCAAAGGGAGGCAUGAACCUUUCUGCAGACCCCACUCUUGGCACUCUUCCAAAGUGUCUGAAAAUCCCUCAGACAUGCCUGAGACUGAAGCCACUGCUGCGCACGAACCUAUCUGCCGGACAAAAUAUGAUGCAGGUUCAUCCUCAAAUGACUUCACCAACUGUUGGGGCCAGCCAAAUCUACGACAGGUGUCCUGCAAGUUCAGCUCAGUGGGAAAUAUGGAAAGCCUAGAGCGCCCCUCUAGCAAGCCUCAAGGUGCAGCAGACCACUCGGUAACUGGGAAGGGUGUCUGUAAGCACGACUAUAACACACCUGACCAGAGUUUGUCAAGAAGUGGUGCUGCCCCCACAGACUGUAUGUUUUAUCGGGGCAGCCCAAAUGAACGCCACAGGUACUUACAGAUUCCUAUGAGCAAUGGAGGUCGGGUCAGCCCUAAGACAGAUGACCAGACUGGUUCCAGAUUCUCAUCCUUAGGAAGGCAGAAUCUUAACCCUAUGUGGCAUGUUCCAGAGAAGUCGUCAGCCACUCACUCUCCACCGCCACCUCUGCCACCCCUACGCAGCGACAGUUUUGCAGCAACUAAGGUUCAUGAAAAGGGUUUAGUGAUCCCAUACCCACAAGGACCUCCUGUGUAUACCCAUCAGAAAUCCCACAGCAGAGGUGAUUACCAUGUCAGAGAAAGAGGACCUGAAUCACGAUGUAGCUACAACCCACCACCUCAGAAGGAUUUUCUUCGUGUAUACCUUUCUCCUGAGGACUACAACCCAAAUCAACUGAAUACAAACAAGCUUGUUUCCCUGUCUAGCACUGAUGUGAGACAAGGCCAAAACCCAUUUGCCUGUCAGCCUCAACAUCAGCGGCAGCACAGCGAUGAGGGUCCCUUCUACCUGAAUCCUAGGAACACGUCGGCACCCAAGACGCAGACUGUCGGCACCUAUUACCGCAGUCUGCAGCAUCUACCCACCAAUGCAGGAGCCCAGAACCAAGCUAGAAGCUCCACGGCAUCUUUGUCUAGAACAGCUCCAGACAACAACCCUGAUGGAAUGGCACAUUUCCGAUACUAUUGCAUCACUGCCCAGCAGCCUACACAGGAGGUGCCAGAAGGAAGAGUGGAGGACGGAUGGAGGCCAGAAUCUGAGAUUACCCAGGCUGUUAGCGAUUGGAACCCAGCAAAUACUCAGAGGGCCAUAAAAACCAAGUACCCCCCACCUUACCUUCAAGCAUCUGAGAACAAAAACUCUAAUGGGUACUGCAAACAGACAGUCAGCCCUCCAGCACCAGAAGUUACCUCUCCAGGACAAGGUCCUAUGAUUGUGAAGUCUAGCACAGGGGAGAAAGAGAAGGAAAAUCCAUGGAAGAAAGAUGUAGGAACUGCUGAGAACCUUCAAAGCAAGCAUAUACUGAACCACCAGGCAGAGCAGAGAAAUCCUGCCACCACAGCACACCGAAAUACCCCAAAGGAUCCUUGGAUCUCCAAGAACGAACAAAAGAUCUGCCCACAGAAGACCCCACUGUUGCAUUCUCUAGCUCAGGAAAGCAAGAUUCUGGCUGAGAAUAUUACGGUGACAGCUAACGGAGGCACCCAACAAGAGAUACUUGAUCCUUCAAGUGGCAAGCAGGGAAGGAGAAGUGACCGGUAUGCCACCACCUUGCGUAAUGAGAUCCAAGAGAAGAGAGCACAGCUUCAGAAGAGCCGAAGUGCUGCCACCUUGAGCUGUCCUGGGGAGACUGAAGAAGAUGCUGGUAUCUGGAAGUCCACAGAGACUUCAACAUCCUCAUCAGAUGGGUCUUUUACAAACACCUACAAGGACAACCUAAAAGAGGCUCAAGCUAGGGUUCUACAGGCUACAUCAUUUAAGAGGAGAGACCUUGAGCUUCCAGGGAAUGAAGCUUCCACAGUUCAAUCAUCUACAAAAGCAGACUCUACUAAUGGCCAAAUCACUCGUAUUGGAAGCCGAAAACGAUUCCCCAUGGAUAAGAAAAUACAUUCCUUCUCAGAGCCUGACAAGAUUAAUGAAGUGGGCGUAGAGAAAAAAGGCUCACAUCAAGCAGCUAUUGGUUCUUUUGUAGAUAGAUGCAAGUUCUUUGAAGGAGCUUCUAGACCUGCAUUCUCCAGACCUAUCCCAAAGAAGUCUAACCUCAGCCCCAGUGAAGACAUGAACGGAGGGAAAAAUAAUUUUGCAGGUGAAAAUGACAGAAAGUUCUUCUCUAAACAUCACUUUGGGACAAGUAAAGUGACUGCAGCUGAGGAGCAACAGCGGCUGGGAACUUUUGCAGAGUACGAGGCAACAUGGAAUUUGCAGAAGAAGUCAACAGAAGGAAGAACAUCCAGCAGGUAUCGCUCAGCAGAGAACAUUCUGGAUUCAGGGAUAGAGGAACGUAACAGCUCCGUUUGUAUUCAUGAACGGUCCAGAUCAUCUCCUUCAGCAGACUUCCAUGAGGGAAAAGUUAGUCUGCCAUCACAGAAGUCUGAGGAAGAGUCUCAUCCAGAAAGCAAGCUGGACCAACAAGAGCUUCAUAUUGACAGUACAUCAGAGGGAGGGCACUGCCAGCUCAUCAUCUCGGAGUCUCUAGAUUUCAGCGCAGGAAGUGAUCCUGAUCACAGAGACAUGACAGCACCACUCCCGCCUACCCACACCACCAAAGUGUCCAGUUCACUACAUCCACACCCUCAUCACCUCCAUCUCCAAGACCCUACGCUUGAGCAAUUGCUUCCUCCCAACAAUACGGGCCCUGCGCCACAAAAACCUGCCAAGCCCAGAGAGGACCAGUCAAAACUGCCAGAAACCACAUGCCCAUCAAGCUCCCUGGAAGCCCUCCCGGGCAUGGGUCACUCCCCAGAGAAAGACCCACAUCCUGCUACAGUACUAGGCCCUGACUGGAGGUCAGAAAAUGACAAUCCUUUUUCUGAAGUGACUGCAACCUUGGCGGAUGGGUUGACACAGUUUUUGUCGCAAAAGACUGACGAACCUCUUGCCAGCAUGCAGCAUCGAGAUGUUUGCAGUAACAAGAUGGAAGCUGCAUUAGAGCCCAGCUGUGUUGUGAAAAAAGCCCCCACAGAGACUGUCCAUGCAGAAAGUCACUCUGAGGAAGAAAGGCAUUUUCUGGCACAGAAGGACAUGCCUGGAAGCCCUGACGGGACAACUAACCACCAGCUAUGCCGACCGUGCUCUUCAGAGCAAUCCCGUUCCCUGUCCCAUGAUUACACUUACCAAAGACCACAGAAACCAACUGACUCCAGUCCUCCAGAAGGCCAAACUACAGUUGGCCCUACUUCGGAGAACACAGAGCCGACGAGGCUGAGAACAGUUCCUGCUGGCUGCUCUGAGGAGGAUGAGAAGAGAGAGGAGCUAGCCAGAGACAUAAUGGUGAAGGAUAGGAGUCUGGUGGACAUACUGGAUCAGAGUAAGAUGAAGACCACCAUGGACCUGAUGGAAGGGAUUUACCCCCAGGGGGAGCAGAUUCUGGAAGGUGUGCAGCAAAGGAGAAAGAGUGGGCCAAAACAGACAUCUCCCAAAACUACACAGGAGAGAAGAGUGGAUGACAGCAUGGCCGCUUCUGUCUCGCUAGUGACGAGUUCCUCUUACUACAGCACGUCCGCACCCAAAGCUGAGCUCCUGAUUAAGAUGAAGGACAUGCAGGAACAGAUGAAGGAGCAGGACUCUGAAGAUGAGCUAGACUAUGACCUGUCCAACAAGAAGCAAGAGCUGAUCGACAGCCUGAGUAAAAAGCUGCAGGUGUUGCGUGAGGCCAGAGAGAGUCUUCAGGAGGACAUGCAGGACAACAAUGCCCUGGGAGAGGAGGUGGAGGCCACAGUACAGACUGUCUGCAAGCCCAAUGAGCUCGACAAGUUCCGUAUGUUUGUUGGGGAUCUGGAUAAAGUGGUCAGUCUACUGCUGUCCCUGUCAGGCAGGCUGGCACGUGUGGAGAACGCACUCAACAACUUGGAAGAUGGAGCCUCAUCUGAAGAGAAGCACACCCUGAUAGAGAAACGGAAGUUGCUGAUUCGCCAGCAUGAAGAUGCCAAAGAGCUGAAGGAGAACCUGGACCGAAGGGAGCGUGUGGUUUAUGACAUCCUGGCCAGCUACCUGAGUGAGGAGCGCCUGGCGGACUACCAGCACUUUGUUAAGAUGAAGUCAGCCCUCAUCAUUGAGCAGCGUAAGCUUGAAGAUAGGAUUAAACUGGGAGAGGAGCAGCUCAAGUGUCUGAAGGACAGCCUGCCUCUGGAGCAGAGACUGCGCUACUGAAACGAGAGACAUUCACUUCAAUCUGUGCUGAGAGGGGAUCACUAGCACGGCUGUACAACAUACUGGACAGUACUGGACUUUGUGAUACUGGUAUAGCAGAAUGCUACAAUAUGCAAAUUAACCCUCUAACCAGUGUAUUAUGAUGUGCUGUGAACUUCUUCACCAACCUCAGACGCUCCAGAUGAGUUUCCGUUGGAGACAUUCACAUGAUCCAUCGAAUGUAAAUCAUUUUGGUCAAAAAUAAUGCAGGCCAUUCAUCAGUGUGUUUUAAUAUAUUAUAAAUGAUAUCAAAAUGCAAGAUGUAGCAAAAUAAUCGCUAUAUGGAAUUUCGUCCAGCCCUCAUCACUACUAACUUCAGCACCGUGGCAGUUUCCUGUGUGUACACAAAGCCUUGGCCUUCCCUGGAUUACACAAGUAAUUGCAGUACUGAGUAGGCUGGUCAGCUCUUAAUGACCUCAACAGGGCUUGUGUUAUUGAUUGAGUUCUCUAUCAAAUGUGUAGACUUUCAGAUUAUAUUAGUGAUUAACUCAUACCAUGCCAGUGGUGGUGAUAGGAACCAGACGUCUGAAGACUUCAAAGUCUCUAAAAGCUCCCUGACAGAAGUUAUUAGAUAAAAUGGUUGUGAAUAUGCUGCCUGAUGCCCCAAACAUUGGUUUAUGAUAGUUUUGAUAGGAGGUUUUGGAUUAAAACAUAUAUUUUAUACCUCAUUCAUGUCAGAGAGGUACAUGCAAAGCAGUAUAAGGCAUAAUAGUUCCUAAAAAAAACUUUUCCCCCCUGAUUUACCACAAUUUUAGCACUGUUCACAUUAUAUUUAAAACUCCCGAGAUGUGUAGGUUCCCUGGUCUUCAUAGACAAUAAAUAAAUGGCUAUAUCUGUGUUAUAGGCAUAGUGACCCCUGGUUCCUAUCACCAUCACUGUAAAGAAAUCUGAGAAAAUGUGUACACUCUUUCAAAACAAACCAGUUGACUUUGUUUACACCUCAACAAGUGAAUUACACAAAAAUAAAAAAAAAAGAAUAGAAUUUUUAACUCUAAAGAUUCUCUCAAGCACACAGGUUUGAAAAUUCAUCUCAGAUGUAGUAUUAUUAUGUUUUAGUCAUUGGUCUUGACUGUAACAACAGUUUCAGCAGCAUUUUUAGCCUUAUCUGAAUGGAUCUGUGAAUAUUUUUUGAGGGCAUGUGCUAUUUAACCAGUUUUCUUCUCAAAAGACAUUUCCACCCAGAGGUGGUGCAUUUGUAUUCUUUUAAUUAUUUAUUUUUUUAGAGCGAGAAAUGACCUAAGUGGAGUGUUUAGACUUUGCUUGAACAUGUUUUUAGUAUACUGUACAUUCAGAAUAUAAUAAUGUUUCAUCAAAAGUGUUUUAUCAUGUUCAUAAAUGAAGAUGUUUCUAUGGCCUGGCAUUAUAUUUGUAGCAUUAUACCUAUUUGCAGCUAAUAUAUAUCUCUUAAGCCUUGAAUUUAUCAAGCUCAUAGAGUGCAAUGAAUCUGGAAAAGCUACCUUUUUUGUACAGAAUCAGAAGCCACUCAAAUGUCUAGUCAAAAUGGCCAUUAAGGACAAGUUCAGAGGGUCUUUAUGAAGACAUUAGCUAGACAAUAGUCCACUUGAAUAAGGAAGCGGAAAGUCAAAGGAUAAUAUGUGAAAAACACAAAACGAGGUAAAUUAACUGACUAAAGGAUACAGACUAAAUGGGGCUCCUGACAACUGUGUAAGACCUGCUAAACCACCAAAACUGUCCCCAUCAAAUGAACAGGACUUAAAUCUUUCAUUUUUAAGAAAGAGAAGAACACUGAAAAAAAUCCACAGGUGUUUCUGUCCAUCCUUCCACUGUGAGAAGAAACUCAACACAAGUCUAAAAGGAUGUGUAGCUGUCCAGAAAAAGGAAGUAGACAAGAAUAAAACGUUUUGUUCUCAGAACAAUGGACUGACCACCCCCAGAGCAUGUCACUCAAUGUCUUUGGCAUAAUUUGAAUCAUGAGAAAGCAGAAAAAAACGACCAACUUUGUAGACCGAACUUUGGAGGUGUGGAAAAAAGAUCACUGAUUUCUUUGAAAAACUGAAAGCAAGACUCAUAAAAAGAAUCGAAGUGGUGGUAAAGACAAAGGGCUCAUUAAAUACUAAAAAAAAUGAUAAUAUAUUUUAUUGUUCCUGUAUUGUUUUUAUUGAAUAUGUUUUCUGAUGCUCUUGAUGGCUGUUUUGACUGGAAAUUAAAUAAAUCAGAUGUGGUCUCUGACUUUUAUGCUAGUUUUAUGCUCUGACCUUUAUGAUAGUGGAGGAAAUCCAUUUUUUUCCCAUUUGAGCAGAAUGCGACUGAGCCCUCUUUAGUCCAGUUAUCCCAGAAUUUCUACAAAGCUUCCGGGAAUAACCGUCAUUUCCUCCGUCUUAAGCAAGCUGGGUGGGACCAAGUAAUUAUACAACCACAACUGGAAUACCCUCAGUUUCAGAAGAACUUUAUUUAAGCUCCCAAUGCCCAGAACACUGUCCCUCCUCUAUUAAUGUGAAUGAGAACAACAAACACGUGGAGCAAUAAACUGUACAUACUGAAACAUGCAGUGUGCUUCUACCACAGUGACAGUAUUAAAUGAUGAGAAUGACAGCCUUUA